UGGAGCGCAUUUACUGGUUUCCGAUAUCAAGGUGGUGUGUAAAACCCCAGCACGCGUUUAUAGCAAUUCAUCAAACUUUUUAAUGUUGAAAUUGCUGCACAGUGCUAGAUGAUCUGAAACGGACUUAUUUGUCAAGGUUUAAAACAUUUCUAGGAAGCCACCCCUUGAUAUUGGAAUUGGUCUAUCUAAGUCAAACUGAUGAUGGGAUUUGCACAGAGAGCUGUGGAUUCAUCACGAGACUGUGGAUCAGUUAGAAAACUGUCAAACUGCUAGUCACUAAAUCCGCGGCAGCCAAUCGAAAACCAGCGUGGUGUUCCUAACGUGUUUUUGUAAAGCGUCUUACCAAGCACUGGAAUGGAAAAGCCGUUCAGAUGCAUUGGUGGGAUGCAUGAUGUCUUGCAAUGUAAUCGUUGAGAUUUCUUAAAUAAUAUAUAUAUAUACAUUAACGUAUUCAGCAACGGCAGUUCAAAUCGUUUGAAUGGGAAGUGUUUAAAUGGGACAAACAACUCAAAGUGGCGAUGGAGGUUUUGACUUGGCGGACCGUGAAAGUUCCAGCGUAUGAAUGCUAUUGGCCAGACUGUUAAGGAAGGUUGAGUACAGUGGUGUUGUCUUAUUCUCACAGGCUCUAACAUGGACAAGGACAUCUACUGUAUCUACUACAAAGGCAAUGAAGAGGCUGCAUAACUAAACUGAUCAGCAUUUUUACGUGAUUUUUGAUGUGAGGUGUUUCUUUUCUACUGGUGUCUGGAAUGGAAUAUAAAUAAGUCUCGGAAUGGCUGAGCUGGAGGUUAUAGAUGCUCCCCCUAGUGGAGACGCUAGCCGUGAACACAGCCCUGUUGAGGCCAUAGAAUGUGUGAAUUCGUGGAUUCAUUUUUCGCUGCAGUUUGAGGGUUUAGAACCGCUCCCUUUCACAGAAGGUGCUACCGUGACCAGUCUGAUUCAGGUGGUACCACCCAGUUUGACAGAAGUCUCGGCCCCCCCCACAGACCCCCGGACAGCGAGCUCCGCAGGGCAGGUGGGCAUCCCAAUUGAGCCAACCAAGACCUUGGCGGAGGGCGAGGGAGGUGUGGACUCAGAUGCCCACUCAGUGCCUGCUGCCCCCCAGGGUUUGCAGAUGUUCAUCAUCACUGUGCUGGUGUUGCUGGUGCUCCUUGCUGUCGCCUUGGUGAUUUGCCUCAUCGUGAAGUUUGUGUGUUUCCCCGCAAGGAAGAAGCCACCAUGCGGGGACCUAUCCUCCCCUUGUGGAGAGAGUGGGAAUUGCAGCUCCUCUCUGUCUACUGCCCUCUGCCUGACCAAGCAGUACCUUAAUGACACCAACAACUCUAGCAAAGAGUACAGGAACCCAGUGGUGCUGUGGGGUGGGAAUUCGCUCUUGCGCCUCUAUAACCCGGCUGACCAGAAGUACUACAGCGUGUGUCACCAGGGCUUCAACCAGACCUUGGCAUGGCUCUCCUGCCAGGAACUCGGCCUUAACAGUCACCCCGUGUCACAGGCAGUGAGUCUGAACUCGCUGGGGUCACAGGACCUGGGAGAUCUGGCCUCCAUUGAGGAGAGGGUGUCGAGCAACGCUCUCGAGAGACUGCUAAAGCCAGUCAUGACCUGCCCCAACAAUGAAGUAGUUUCUCUGCAGUGCACAGACUGUGGUCACCGCUCUGUACCUACAGAGCGCAUUGUGGGUGGCAACCCCUCGGCUCUUGGACGGUGGCCCUGGCAGGCCAGUCUGCGCUGGGAAGGCAGGCAUGUGUGUGGGGGCUCGUUAGUGUCAGCACGAUGGGUCAUGACAGCAGCACACUGCUUCGCACUGUACAACCUGUUGACAGCCAGUAAGUGGACUCUUUUGGUGGGCUCAGUCAGCAGAGAGGGCUCGCCGGCAGGAGGGCAGUACAACGCCCUGGAGGUCUACUACCACCCCCUCUUCACUCACCUCAACAAUGACUACGAUAUUGCCAUGCUCCGCACCACCGGAGACAUUCUCUUCUCAGACACAGUGCGGCCGGUGUGCCUUCCUAGCUAUGGACAGACUUUCCCCCUCAACUCUAACUGCUGGAUAUCUGGAUGGGGGUACACUGCAGAGGGGGGCCCCAUCUCCCCUGUGUUAAGAGAAGGCCAGGUGCAGCUCAUCGACAGUGCUGUGUGCAGCCAUGUGGAUGUCUACGGAAGCUACAUCACCCCACGCAUGCUGUGCGCUGGCUAUAUGGACGGCAGGACUGACUCUUGCCAGGGAGACAGUGGGGGUCCAUUAGUCUGUCAAUCCGGCCAGUCUUGGUGGCUUGUGGGGAUCGUGAGCUGGGGGGACGGCUGCGGCAGGAUUGAUCGCCCGGGGGUCUACACCAACGUCAGCGAACUACUGGACUGGAUCUACCGCAAAAUACAGACUGACAAAGAUAUCCCAUGAUUUAAAAGACGACUGGAGUCGAGAGAUGUUUACACCGACACCUUCAAAAAUCCGUAUUUUCCUUUUGUUUUAAGAGAAUUCAGUAAUUCAAUCUUGAGGAAACCGUGCCUUCAUAGUUUCAAGUGUACUGUGUUUAGCUUUUUUGUUUGUUUGUUUGUUUUUGUUAAAUGUUUGUUAUUGUUUUGUUUAGUUUUUAUUUGAGACAACAAAUAUUACAAAAAAAUAAAUUCAAAUAAAUAAAUUAAGAAAUUAAUUUUGUACAAUAUAGGUACUGCCGUUUGUGUGUAAAAUGCCUGGUUUCCUGAGGUGGGGUAUUUUUAGAUGUAACAACUAAAAAUAAACACGUUUAUUACCCCAGAAAUGAGACAGACCGU